AUGGCCGACUUCGAUGAGGAGGCCUUCUCCGCCGACGACUCGAGGCGACUGUGGGCAGAAGUCGGCGAAUGCCUGUCGACCGAAUGCCAAAGCCACGAGUCCAUCGACGAUGCGCUGCGCGAAUGGCUGGACCUGACGACUAGGAUAUGCCAUGGGAGCCCCGACGCUCAAGACGACGUCACGAGCUGUGCCCACAUGCUGCUCGAGAGCCAGCUCUUCGACGCCAACAAAGACUAUAUCCGCACCCAAAUCAUCCACAGCCUUCUCCAGGAGGACGACGCAGGCCCGCUGCACGCCAUCGCUUGUCUGCUGUUUCUCGACGGCCGUCACGACGAGUCGGCUUUUCCGCGCAUGGUUGACGAGGCCUGCUUCUCUCGCCUGCUGGAACUCAUCAACGCGCACCGCGCCGACAACGACCCGCGCCUGCAUCGACUGCUGUUGCAGCUCAUGUACGAGAUGUCGCGGAUAGAACGAUUGAAGGUCGACGACCUGAUGCUCGUCGACGACGGCUUUAUCCACCAUCUGUUCGGUGCCAUAGAGGGCAUGUCCGACGACGUACAGGACCCCUACCACUACCCCACGAUACGAGUCCUGCUCGUCCUCAACGAGCAAUACAUGUUGGCGUCGACCGACUCGGCCGCCGAUGACGGUCCUCGUCCGGCCCAACUGACAAACCGCAUCGUCAAGUGUCUGAGCCUCCACGGACCCCUGUUUCGUACGUUCGGGGAGAACAUCAUCCUGCUCCUGAACCGCGAGACCGAGACGUCCCUUCAGCUUCUGAUAUUGAAGCUUCUCUAUCUGCUGUUCACCACCAAAACCACAUACGAGUACUUUUAUACAAACGAUUUGCAGGUGCUCCUAGACGUCAUCAUCCGCAAUCUAAUGGACCUGCCAGACGAGAAGAUGUCGCUGCGGCAUACCUACCUCAGGGUCAUGUAUCCGCUACUGGCCCAUACGCAGCUCAACCAAUCGCCGCAUUACAAACGGGACGAGGUGCUUCGGGUACUGAGAAUCCUGCGCGGCUCGCACAAUGCCCACUUCGCCCCGGCCGACGAGACGACGCUGCGCUUGGUGGACCGAGUAGCCAAGGUUCAGUGGCUCGCGGGGGAGUCGAGCGAGGACAAGGAGUCAUCCGGACAGGCCGAGUGCGCAAGUAGCGUGAGCGUCGGCGACGUGGCGGGCGUAAGGGAGAGGCCGGGCGUCCAGACACCAAGUCGGCAUGGAGGCGACUCUGGGGCAAAGGACGCUGUCGAUACGCCGUCGCAGGAGGAAGUCGUGGCCGCAGUCAAGACUAAGAAGCCCCUACCGGCCGUGCCAAGGCAUCGGCACGGCACUCGGGUCACACAGCCGCCAACGGAGAGGCACGUCAACGGGAGCGGCAAGAAGAUACCCCCGAAAGCGCCGCCGCCGCGGCGAAUCGGCAGGGUCAAGACGAUUGAUCAGCCACCCCCCGGGCCGACGAUGCCAGAGUGA